UUUAACAGUUGUGAGGCAACAUGGCGAAAGCCGGUGGAAUGACCGUGGAUGGAGACCUGAUGCGAUACACUGAGUACUCUCCAAAAACCAGUGUUAGAAGUGACGCGGAGAUAGACAGGCAGCUGGGACGGACAUUAAUUGCAGUUGGUCUUGGUGUGGCUGCAGCAGGGUUUGCAGGCCGGUAUGCUUUCCACCUUUGGAAGCCUCUUGGCCAAGUCUUCUCUGAAACUGUGAAGAAGAUGCCUUCGUCAACUUUUUCAUCAUACUACAAAGGAGGUUUUGAGCAGAAGAUGUCCAAACGAGAGGCCAGUCUCAUUCUGGGCAUCAGCCCAGCCAGCACUAAAGCCAAGGUACGAGAGGCCCAUCGGAGGAUUAUGGUCUUGAACCAUCCGGAUAAAGGUGGUUCCCCGUAUCUCGCUGCCAAGAUCAACGAAGCUAAAGACCUUUUGGACAAAGAGACUCGCCGAUGAUGCACACUGUCAAUGAGCACUAAAGACUUUCAUCCCCCCUCAGCUUCAAAGUACUGCUUGAAUGAGCAUGAAUACCGUACAGGGGAAACCGCUAAAGUUCAAGAGGAUCGUUAAAAGGAUUCUUUGUUAAGCUGCCAGAGUAACUUGUGUUUAACUGAAUUUGUCACCUCUGUGAUUAUAAGGUUAAUACAUCCUUAAAGCCACCUGCUGUUAUUUUACACAUAGAAGUAAUGUUGUAUUUAAAUGAAGGGGUUUGAAAGGAUAUAUACACCACCUAGUGGCAGCUGGCUGAAAAUGGAACAGUAAUUGUGCUGAGUUCAUUAUUGGCUGUGUAAAUAUAAUGAAUAAUGAUCUAUUUAAGCAGCAAGAGAACAAACUUGGUUUUCAUAUUUCAAUGUUUUAAUGUGAAAGUUAAAAAAAUAAACUUAAUUUGCAAAUAUUCACAGUAGGAUCUAUUUUUAGAUAUCAAGUUGAAAUGUAUUCAACUUAAAGUUUCAGAGCUAUCUUACAGCUGUUCUAUUAGAAAUGUUGAACAAUAAGCUGCCUUUGGCAACUCAAACCUGAAAAAUAACCAUACAUUUUGUAAUUUACCUGCUGUUUCUUUACCUGUAGCCAUACAUUUACCCAUUAACCUGUUUUAUGCUUUGCUGUUUGAUACAAAAAUUGUCAUCAUGAAAGCAACAAAUCCAUGAAGUUCAAAAGCUUUAUUUAGAGAAGGAUGCUGUAUUGGUGUCAUGGUACAUGUGAAUAGACAGAAGGAACAAAGCAUAUAGCAAUUACACUUACAGCAGCAAUUAUUGGUCAAACACCAACCAGUUACUGAGAGGUUUGCUUGAAAAAUGUCAGGGGAAAAAAAAAAAAAAGAAUCCGUCCUUUUGGGAUGUUGCUACGUUGGCUAAUGACAACCAGAUACUGGCCUCUGAGUGAACAGCACAUGGUCUGAUUUCCACUAUGAUAGGAAGUUUAACGUUUCAAGUCCUUGACAGACGUAAGAGUCAUGAACACAAUGUUACAACAGUGAUGGAUGACGUCCCAGAGACCGCAUCAACGGGAAAAAGUUAAAGUCCAACUGAAAUGAAAAAGAAAUCGCUCUCCUUUAUGCACAUUUAUUUGUUCGAAUGUGUAACUACAGAUAUGAAGGCCCAAAAAGAAUACAAAAACAAUAUUUUGAAGAAAUGUUUUUAAAAAAAAAAAAAAAAAAAAA